CACAGACUGUUUAUGAUGGACAAUUUAUUCCCCAGUGCAAAGUCAACAUAACACAGCAAACGUACAGCAAUUAUUAACAUUUUUCUGGGGCCCUCAUGAGGCUAGAGAGUCAUUCAGUGGAGGAGUGGCGCUCCGGGAGCAGGCUCAACUUUCCCCGGGACACAAUCCUGCUUCCUCGGCGUCAUGACUCUCUACCACGGCCGCCUUCCGUCGCUCGGAGUGCCGUCCUCGACUCUGAGUCUCUCCGCCCCCCCGCUGAUCUACUUGUACGGACGAGAGAGCGGAGGGGUCGUGCCCGCCGCCUUGAGCUUCUUGCCGGCCCGCCAGGAGCCCCCACAGAAGCCACCCUACAGCUACAUCGCGCUCAUCGCCAUGGCCAUCAAGAGCGCACCGGAGCAGCGCGCAACUCUAAGCGGCAUCUACCAGUUCAUCAUGGACCGGUUUCCGUUUUACCACGACAACAAGCAGGGCUGGCAGAACUCCAUCCGACACAACCUCUCCCUCAAUGACUGCUUCAUCAAGGUUCCUAGAGAGAAGGGCAGGCCCGGCAAAGGCAGCUACUGGACGCUGGACACCAAGUGUCUGGAUAUGUUUGAGAACGGUAACUACCGCCGGAGGAAGAGGAAGGCGAAAAGCCAGCAGGAGGUUCUGGACUCCAAAAUCGCUGGACACAAGCGCACCAAGGGCCCGGGGCCUUCCAGAGACCCUCAGAUCUCCAUGAAACAUCAGACUGGCUCAGAGAUAGCAGAGGUACCGGCGAGGCAGGAUGCGGAGAGGAUGGAAACACAACCAGACACUAAACCUGUUGUGGUUGAGUUUAACCACGCUGAACAGCCAGAAAAUACACCCACACAGAGACUUAAAGUGCUCCCCAACCAAGACACCCUCGCAUCCGCUGGGAGGAGGCUUGACGCUCUGCAGCCCGACCCGUGUCCCGCUCCGAGACACACUCCGCUAUGGAUGGACGGAGCGCGUCUCCUGGGCGCGUCCCUCCGCUGGGAGCCAGAGGAGAGAAGGUCAGCGUUCAACGGGGAAGAAAGAGAACCGCUCUGCGCCGUUAGCGGCUCGGGAAACACUAACCUGGCUGCACUUGCCCAGGACAGACCGAAAGGAAAUGUUCCGAGCAGGGAUAAAUCAAAAGGUUUUAGCAUCGAGAGCAUCUUAUCAAAAAGUGAAUACGAAAUGCGCGGCAGCGUCCUCGGUCUGUCAGCGGAGACAUGCGCAGAGCGCCAAAGUUCAGGUUUCGGCUCGUCUGUGGUUGUCGGUGCACGGCCGCAUCAGCUGUGCCAAAUGGGAUUCCCCCUCUGCUCUUACCUGUCACUCACCUGCCCUGACAAAGUACUGCAUUUUAAAUGAGUUCAAUCGUGAAUUUAGACUUUCCUGUAUUUUACGCACCGGCCCCUACAAGUGUAACGUGUAGUUACCUUUGCAUGAAGAGUCACUAUAAGACAGUUUACUGUUGUUUUUCAGGAUCUCUGGCAUCUUCAUCACCUGCAUUCAUGUUCUGUUAAAAUCUGUGACUGCGCAGUUUAAUGCUCAAUACAAAAACUCCCAAAAGGAUAUAAUGUUUUUUGUCAUUGUUGUGUGAAUAUUUAGGGAAAGGUCAUGUAUACAGUGUUUUUCUCUUCACUCAUAACGAUGAAAACCCUCAGAGUACAUACAGUAAGUUUCCGUAAUUGAAAGAAGAACCUUGAAUGUAAUGACUGGGCCCGUGGAGCCCACAUCAUAUCUUUGAACUCUGGAGAUUAUGUACAACAUGAGAAUUAACUUUUAGUACUUGAUAAUGUAAGCAAAGCUAUUUUACAUUCCACUGUGCAAAAUAAACUUUAGUUCAGUAGAAAAA